AUGGCAGCGUCUGCCGAGGCAGAGGUGCCAGAGGCCACCAGAGCCAAGCCGUACAAGGUCAGCUACUUCGCCUGCUGCAACUGCUGCUGCUCGACCCUCGUCGAGUUCUCAUUCGCCGUGGCUUUGGCAGUGGCUAGCCUGGGGGUGGUGGCCAUGCUUGUGGCCCUGAUCGUGUUCAACCACCUGGAAUGGACCACCCGGCUCCUGGUGUUCGUGGACACUUUCUGGAAAGUCGGCUUCUACAUCUUCGGCUUCAUAGGAGUCCUCACAGUCAUCUCGGCCUUUGUCCACGACCACGACGUGGACAUGAUCCAGCGCUUCUGGCAGUUCCAGUACUCGAUCGUGGACAUCAAGAGCUGGCAGCCUCGAGGGUUCAUCCUUCAACCCCUGGGUUUGUACUUCCUCGGGGCCUUUCUCUUCGUGACACAGGUCCUCCUGAAAGAGCAGAUCUUGUGUGGGGAGGAGGUCAUGAAGUCCGAGUCCGAUGCCAGACGAUGCUUCUUCCUGGAGCAGGUUGACUGGCAGGUCGCAGCAAGCCUCGACCAUCUCCAUCGGGGGACUGCUCCGAAUGCCUCGUCCCUGGCCACGCCCUGGGGGGCCUCCUCCUCCUGCCUCCUCAGCCGCGAGUGCAAACUCAACGCGGCAGGGAUCAAGUACGAAGUCAGGUUCACUACGACCUGGAUGAAGUAUUGGAACUCCUUGUGGGGUCAGUGGAUCAGGCGCGCGCCGCCUUCAGAGUGCUUCAUGGCGGACGAAACACUUCCCGCCCUGGCGCUGAACCUUCCGAAGAAGGACUUCAGCCCGGUGACGCUCAUGAACUCCACCAAGAAGCCGGAGAACAUCCGAUUCGCUCCUGCCUUUUUGGGGGCCGAUGGCCCGCCGUGGAAUCGGAGCUUGUACUUUGCCAAGGACUACCGCACGGCAUGCCACUACGAGUGCUACGAGUGGGGCGAGGGGUCCGCGGUUGAGAAUCUGCUGGAGUUGGGCAUGGUGAUCGGGGGCGGUCUCACGAUCGUGCUCGUCGCGAACGCCGUAGGCAACUACGUCGGAAACAAUUUCAUCACUCAUGACACCUUUCCAGACGAACUCAUCCACGUUCUGCUGCGAGACGUGCGCGUGCUCUUCCGCGCGAGAUGGCGCUUGCUGGACUCGCUCACCUGCCGGACCAGGGGUCCCUACCCCCAGAGCGAGACGCAGAGGCGAGCUUUCGUGCUCUUCACCAAGCUCGCAUGGAAGGGACUCUUCCUGAACAUCCUGAAGCUCGUUGCAUAUUUCAUCUGCGGUACGAGCAUCUACCGUCGCCUGGCGGUCCGCUACACAGGAACCCUGUCUGACCGCGGCCUGCUGCGAUGCAUUCUCUACCUGAGCAUCUUCAACAGCGGCCUUCGGUCGAUCUUCUGCUUUACUCAGAAGUGCUGGCGGGAGGGCGAGGACGACGGCUUCUACGCUCCAAUGGCACGCGUGGACGCGGACACGCCGAAGACGAAUGCGAGGGCCGUGGUCAUGCAAGGAGGAGGUGAAGCUCCUGGUGCACCUCCGGGCGAUCUCCAAGCUGCAGGAAUGGGGUUGGAGUCCGGGAGCAUGGCCAGCUACGACCUCUACGAGUGGUUGAAGGUCCCCAGCCACCAGGUGGCGAGGCUGCUCUUCGACUACAUCCGGAGGAUUGGCAAGGAGGAGCUGGCAAAUUCUGAAGACCUCUGUGUCCAAGCUGCGCGGAAGAUCCCAAUGGAGGGCGAGGACUUUGGCUUCUGCGUGGCGUUCGGUGCAAAGGGGACCAUCAAAAAGACGGAGCACGGUGCGGAAUGGAGAGGGACCCGAGUGAUGGUCGAGUUCGACGAGGCCCUACAGUGGGACGACAAGCUCCUGAAGAAGAUGCAGGGAGCGUACAGGGCCGAAGAGGGGCCCACUCCGAAGAUGAAGAGCGGGCAAGAAGGAACGCAGCAAGCUCCCUUGAAUUCCCGGCCCCUGGGGCCGGUUGCCGUUGACCCGGCCGACCUGAUUCAGAAUCACGACGAGCCGAAGGCCGACGAAGAGGACAUCUUCGCCUACCUGGGGCUUGCCUACAGCGCGGAGGUAAAGAGUUACCUGACGCGCGAACAUUUCCUGGCGUGGCUGGCCCACGACGACGAGCGUGAGAGUCAGGACGACGAUGCCUGCCCCUUCUUGGAGUACGAUGAAGAGGGCGACUUGCACCUCUUCUGCGGAACGCGGGCAGGAUACCGCCAAGCCCGGACUGACCCGGCGUCGUAA